AUGCCUCAAGCUGGCAGUGAUAGCAGGCCAACAUAUUUGCCUAUGGAGGUUUGCAACAUACUUGGAGGACAACGCUAUUCGAGAAAGCUAAAUGAGCGUCAAGUCACAAACAUAUUGAGGUUGGCAUGUGAGCGGCCAGAUAAAAGGGAGGGUAGUAUCGUGGAGGUUAUUAAUAGAAACAACUAUGGCAUUGAUGAUAAUGCAAAAGAAUUUGGAAUUAAGGUGAUGAACCAACUAGCAUUGGUCGAUGCUCGUGUGCUGCCUCCUCCAAGGCUUAAAUACCAUCAGUCUGGACGAGAACAAAUAUGCAAUCCGUCGGUAGGACAGUGGAACAUGAAUAACAAGAGAAUGAUAAAUGGAGGGUCCAUCAGGCACUGGGCCUGUGUUUCAUUUGGCUCUCGGUUGCAAUGGAAUGAUGUUAGCGUGUUCUGCAACUAUUUGGUUGGCACGUGCAAUAACAUGGGCAUGCAAGUAAGUGAGACACCGUGUGUGGACAUUGUUCAGGCACGCCAGGGUAACUUAGAAGCUGUAAAAAAUAUAUAUAGACAAUCUGCCCAAGUACUUGCUCAGCAAGGUUUGGAAGGACAAAACCUUGAGUUACUAUUUGUAGUAUUACCUGAUGGACCUAAUGCAAGUGAUUGUUAUGGAAGAGUAAAGCGGCUUUGUGAAAUUGUGCUUGGUUUAAUAACUCAGUGCUGUUUACCUAAGCAUGUUCAGAGAGCUGGCACACAGUAUCUACAAAAUAUGGCCCUUAAGAUCAAUGUUAAGGUUGGUGGUCGGAACACCGUACUGGAAAAUGCAUUGCUUCGGGGGAUACCUCUGUUGACAGAUAAGCCUACAAUUAUAUUUGGAGCAGAUGUGACCCACCCAUCUCCUGGGGAGGAUAUGUCUCCAUCUAUUGCAGCGGUUGUUGCGUCGAUGGAUUGGCCUGAAGUGUCUAAGUACACAUGCUUGGUGUCUUCACAAGGUCAUAGGGAAGAAAUCAUAGCUGACCUUUUCACAGAAGUGAAAGAUCCACAGAAGGGGGUUAUAUAUGGUGGAAUGAUAAGAGAGUUGCUUUUGUCCUUCUAUAAAGCAAACAAGUCUUGCAAACCUGGAAGGAUAAUAUUUUAUUGA